AUGGGUGUCUUUUGUAAUGAGGAGCCACCAAAUCCUUCCCGGAAAUGCAAGUUCCUCACUGCAACUUUGAAGGAUGCGUUUUCCAAUUGCCGUACUUGUCGACAGAUUUCAACUUUGAAGCCGGAGGUGGAGUACCCAUCUAGUGACGUAGAUGAUGAGCAGGAAGUUCUUGUUUCAGAAAUCCGAAGCCGUGCCAUGGAGAACUCUAGGCAAAGAUCCUUUGUUCUGACAGAUAGCAUUUCUUGGGUGUUCUCUCCCAGGACUGGGGAACUGUUCUUGGCUCCCAAGAUUUUGCAAGAAAAGGAUGAUGAUGAUGAUGAAGACAAGGAGGAGGAAAGAGAGGAAUUUCUGUCUGUUGCAAGUUGUUUCUCCUGUCGUUCAAAUGCUUUGAGCAAGGAAGUGUUUUUUUCUGUUAAAACAAACCUUUCUCGCUGCUCAAGCUUCAGUGAGCUUCUUGAGUUACAAGAUUUUCCAAGGCGUUCCAUACUUCAGGAGCUGUGUCACUGCGAAGGAUGGCCAUUUGGUCUCUGCAGGAAGGCUGUGUUGCUUCCACCGUUGCCCAAAUCCCCUUCUGAAUCUUGGUCUUGGCGUAAAGGCAGCAGAAUAGUUAAGGUCGCUCGAAUUUAGCACCCUUCAUUCUAGCCCUAGUAAUGGAGGCAAGCAGAAAAACUAAUGAAUAAGGAUCACAAGUAUAGAAAAGUUUAUUCUUAUAUCGAAUCUUGAAAGAUAGUUGAGAUUAUCUGUUUCAUGAAUCCUAUUUCCAUCCGCUAUGUUCGAGGCUAAUGAAACUAGAGGCCUAGUUAUACAAGACUGAAGAAUCUCUCUACCAAUUCUCUAUUUUUGGCCGUUCUAGAUAGGAAGCACAACUAGUGGCCAUCCUUAUAAUUAGAUGAGCUGAGAUUUCCAUUGUAAUUUAAAUUAGAAACAUCCACAGAGAUCAGGGAGGCAACAAAGCUCCAGAAUAUGAAUAUAUGAUACAACAACAGCUGGACUCAAAAUCAGAUUUUAUAGAGGACUGCAUUUGAGAGAAAGUGUAUCAAUCACUUUUCUAUUGCAAAAUGAAGUGUGAUUUUCAUUGA